UGUUAUAGAGGAGAUUUUAAUCUGUGCGCGCACAUGGUGAAUAAAAUGUCUCGUUCGUGGAGAAAUGGAGCCGAAGAUUGGGUGGAUGUCUGGCUGGACAGCUUUGGCCAAGAUGAUGGGACAUCUCCAAAUUCCAGCGGAUUUGGUGUGUUUUGGGAAGAUGGCCACCCAUGGAAUGUGUCUGAGAACGGACAAGGAAUGUCUAAAAUCCGUUGCGACAUUGCGGCUGCAAUUGUUGCCAUUCAGAUUGCCAAGAACAACAUGAUUAACACCCUUCGACUCAACACGUCUUCGGAUUUCCUGAUCAACUUUGUCCUUGACUGGAUGCCCAUCUGGAGGAACAAUAACUGGAGGGCUGCUGAUGGCGAAAGAGUGGCGAAUUGGACGCAGCUUAAGAUGCUGAGUGAUGAAUUUGAUGGAACCAUUCGUAUAUUCUGCAAUCUCGUUUCUGCCGACAAUCCAGUUUAUGGGAUGGAAAUGGCCUACAAUCUGGCUCGCAGGGCAGCUCUGAAUUGAUUACCGAGAAUAUAUAUAUCUUCAGCGUAUGAAAUUUUUUUUUAUUUUGUAUGUGAUUGAAAUAAAACCAUUUUUUCAGAAAAUGUAGAAAACCCCGUAAAAAUACUUAGGCAAUCCUAAAAAAAAAGAAAAAAAAAAAACCAUAAGGUAAUC